UGGCCGAUUUACGGCUGCUGGAGGAUUGUUGUCAUUUUUCUGACGGUAGCCGCUAGCUUUGGCUAGCCGUUUGAUGGUUUCUUCCCAUAUACUUUGAUCCAGCAGGAUGUUAGGAUGGAGUGUGGCUCACUUUUGCCAGACAGCUUGGUGUUGGAGAUUUUCCUGCGUCUGCCCCAUGAUGCUGUGCUGAGAGCUGGUCUGACCUGCCGGCAGUGGUUGGCUGUAUCCAGAGAUGAGUUCCUGUGGAGGGAGUUGUUCUACAGCUACUAUCGCAUCCCUCGCUCUGUACCCCGACACCCUGCGUCCGUCUCGUGGUAUAGGGAGUUCAAGCGUCUGUUUGACUGUAUCCCUUGUGUGGAGGUUCAAACGCUGAGAGAACACAGCGACCAAGUCCUCCACUUGGCUUUCUCCCACAGGGGUCAUCGCUUCUCCUCCUGCUCCAAAGACUGCACUGUUAAGUUGUGGGACACAGAGCGAACAGAUGGCAGCAUUUCGUUGGUGCACAGUUCUAGCAUGCGGCAGUUUAACUGGGGCUACACCCAGUUCUCCCAGUUUAAUGCAGAUGACACACUCCUGCUUGUAUCUGGAGUGUACCUGGGCCCACACCACUCCUCAUCUGGAGAGAUUGCUGUCAUCAGUCUGGAGAAUUACACACUGUUGUCCCGAGUGAGGAACAAACCAUACGAUGUGUUUGGUUGCUGGCUGAACGAAACCCACCUGAUCUCUGGAAACCUACACUGGAUAGGCAACAUGACGUCCUGUUCUGUCCUGUGGCUCAAUAAAGCCUUCCAGGAUAUUGAAUCAGAGAAUGUCAAUGUGGUGAAGCGCCUCUUCAAGAUUCAGAAUAUUAAUGCCAGCACCAUCCGCACUGUGAUGGUGGCCCACUGCCGUCGUCAUGACAACCCCGACUUGCUGUUAGACUAUGAGGCUCAGUCUCAGGCCCAGGCCCUACGGCAGAAAGGUCAGCAGCAGCACCACCAGCCACUCCUCUUUGAUUUAGGGACCUCUGGCAGUGAGGAGGACGAUGAAGAAGAGGACAAUGAAGAGAGGGAAGCGAGGUGCCAUGGCCCCCCAUCUGGCCGAAACCCCCAGCCCACAAUCUCAGGUCUAGAGCAAGUUAUGCAGAGUUGUAAAAAUGUAGGGAAAAGGGAGUUGCAGAUAGAGACCCACGUGGCCAAGGUGAUGGGGAGAGCCCAUACAAAGGUCCCUGAUUCCAGCCUCAUUGAGCCCUCUGAGCCAGGGGAGGGAGAGGACAAAACUUAUCUACUGUUUACCACCGGUAGCCUUACAUACUCCCCUCACCAGAUAGGUAUAAAGCGCAUCAAACCUGACCAGAUGACAACAUCAGGGCCUGUCCUUGGGGAGGAACGGAGAUCUGAUGAGUUUUUCGAUUCCUUGGACCAUGUUAUCGAUAUCCAUGGUCACAUCAUUGGUAUGGGCCUUUCUCCAGACCACAGGUACCUUUAUGUGAACAGCAGGGCUUGGCCAGCUGGAUGCGUCAUCUCUGACCCCAUGUCUCCGCCUCCCAUCGCUGAAGAAAUCGACCUGCAUGUCAUCGACCUGAAGAGCUUGCGGGAGGAGAGAAGGAGUCUGCGCGCCCACCGAGCCUUCACUCCUAAUGACGAGUGCUUCUUCAUCUUCCUGGACGUCAGCAGAGACUUUGUUGCCAGUGGAGCUGAGGACAAGCAUGGUUACAUCUGGGACCGUCACUACAACAUCUGCCUGGCUCGACUGGCCCACGAUGACGUUGUGAACUCCGUGGCCUUCAGCCCUGCAGACCAGGAACUGCUGCUGUCGGCCAGCGAUGACUCCACCAUUAAAGUGUGGCGCUCACCACGCAUGGUGCGCUUGGCCCAGUCUGCGACCCGGCCCACGAGGAACCGUAGCCUCCUGUCAUCCUGGCUGAGCCGCAACAAAAACUCCACAUCUUCCAGCAGCGUCAACGGAAAACUGUGAGUCAGGUUGAAACAGUCUUACAGUUGGAGGGAGUGGGAGGAGGAACAUUUGACCUUUUUCCUCCGUGGAGUCAGUAUGUAUAUGUACGGUUUGGUUAACAGCAGGAGGUGUUGCAUGAGCUCACAUUUUUGCCACGGACACAGUUGUGCUCUGUUGAACUGUCAGAGGAUGUGGUAAGAUGUGACUCAGGAUUAGUCACAAAGGGGCGCUGUUGUAUCAGCAGAGGACAGGCAUUGCCACAGACUCUGCAUUGCUGCUGACAUGAGUGAUAUCACAGAUAGUGUAGAGCAAAACAGAAACUAAACCUGCUCACCUUAAAGUCUUUUUAUCUGUAAUAAUGUGACUUAACAGGUCAGACACAGGACUCGUGGACCUGAGGCAUUGUGCAACAUAAUUGUCCUGCAACAGAGGGCACUGAAUGAUCAAGGCUGUAAUGUCUGUCUUGUCAGAUUGAAAGUGCUGUAACAAAAAAAUCCUUUCCCUAAUGUUUUUUUUUUUUCUUGGUAAUGGAAAAAUUUCAAAUUAUGUCAUGUAGAAGACACAAACUGUUUUAGAGAGUGAGAGUUUUAAAACCAAAAGGGAAAAAGACAUGUCACUGCAUUUCCUGCAGUUUGACGUUUCCCAGGUUGCACCUCCAUAUGUUUUUAUGCCCAGGAUGUAAAACAUCACUAUCCUAUUAAAGGUAGAAAUUUGGAGUGAUUUCAUUUUGAGAUGUUAAAACAGUUGGUGUGAAGCAUGGCUAUGAACAAAACAUGUAGUUUGUGUGUUUUAUUGUUAUUGGGCCUAUAUAACGUAGAAAUGUAUUUAAAACGUUUUAUCCAUGAGUAGCUGCUCUUUGUUAUAACCCCUUGUCGAAAAGCACUUAAGUGGUGAAUCUGAGGUCUCCUGGACCUUUUCUUCAAAAAAAAAAAAAAAGGAAAAGAAAUCUAUCCUUGUCAUUACAUUUCACUAACAGUUUGUUUCAAACACAAGAACGUGAACAUUGAGGAGAACCUGUCACCAUUGCCAUGAACAGCUACAACUGCAGCACUGGGCACAAGACUCAUUUAACUAUAUUGUUUAUGGACAAUUGUAAAGAGCAGAUAUAUUUUUUUCCAGUUACUUUAUUAAGAUGCAGUACAGGAAAUAUGUUCAUAUUAUUAAAAUAUCUGCAUAUCUGAACAAAACAGCAAAAUAAGGCAAAAAACAGUCAGUAAUUAGUGUGACCUCUAUUCGCAUUACAGUAAAGAGCCUUUGACAUGUGGCAGUAUAUCUCAUAUCGACAUACAGACAAACACAUAAGUGCAGAAGGAGAUCACGCUAAAUACUGGAUACUUUGGUUUGAAACUUUAUUGUUUCAGUGCCAUUUACAUAUUUCCUUUAUAUUCUGUUUGUAUCUCCAUACAGAGGCUGAAAAAUACAAUCAUUACAGCUUGAUAAAACAACAAACCUAAUGGUGGACUAAGACUUUUUUACUACUACUGUGUAUAUAUAGCUGUUGCUGUAGCACACCACUAUGCAAUUUGUUUUAGUUCACCACCUCCACAUCUAUUUAUUAAUGUUUACCCAGGGCAGCUUACAGAGCUCCAUGCUCUUAGUUAACAGCAUGUUUAGUCCGGGUAUUUUUUCUAUUCCAGUCCCACAUUGAGAUAACCUGAUAAUAAGAUUAGAUGACGUUAUUUUGUCAGUCUUUAGAAUGUCCCCUGAAGGUACAAAAUACAUCAGACAACUGUUGGUCACAGGUUGCACAGUACUCCCUUCUGACUAGUCUGUGUGCACAGCUCCAGUUUGAGAAUAAAUCUAAUAAGAGACCAGAAAAAAUACAGCUCUGGAGAAAAAUCUGAAGAGGCCACUCCAUUUUAACACCUGAACCCUAUAGAAAGAGGGGACCAUGGAUGAUGUCAAGCCACCAAGCGAAGCAGAGCUGGUCAUGUUACACUGACUUAUUCCAACAGUAUCUCACAACUGACUUCUUCUUCUGUUUUCCAUUUCAUAGGAGGCAUAUCCAGUAUUUCAGAGUUAAUAUCGCUUUAAGGAAAAGCCCAGAAUGAAUGAACUAAACAUUUACUUACAACUUUUACGUCUUUUACAACAGCAGUAACAACAGUAUAAAAAUAUAUGUAAUAGUAUAGUAUAUACUAAUAUCUAUAUAUAAACAACAAACAAGUUAAAUGACGUCUACAAACAAGAUGUGCCCUGCAGUUUUCAACACAUUUGGAUCCAACUUACUAACUUACUAACAACUUAAGCUGGAACUGACAUACAACUGAAAAAAAUGAAAACAAAUAUAUUUGUAAUGUUUGUGUGAAAGCUUAAAAGUUCAGAGGAGUUAGUGAUGGUUCCAAUGAAGAAAAGUGAGAAUACAGACAUUUUCUGCGUUUUUGUCUUUAUCUCCUCUGAGCUGUGCUCUAACAGCAAAGUUAAGGAAACUAAGCUUAGAUUCAGGAAAAUUGUAACUGAAUAAUUUUUUAAAAAUAAAAUCAGUUUGAUUAAUCAUUUCAGCUCUUGCAUCCUCUUAAGUCAGUGUUGUUUGCCAGUUCCAGGCUGUUUACCUAAGGUGAUACUAACUCAGGUCCUAGGUGACAAUAAUGUGUCGUAGCAACGAAUGUCAUCUGUUACAAAACAAAAAAAGGAGAAGAGGAAGUCUGUUCAGAGCCACUGUAGUGGGGACUUGCAGCCUCAUAUAUAUAUAUAUAUAUAUAUAUAUAUAUAUAUAUAUAUAUAUAACAUACAACUCAUUUGAAAGUAAAGAAAACCUGAUGAUUUAUAUUUUCUGUUGAUUAUACAUUUAUGGAAACAUAGUCUGUGUCAUUUCUGUAAUUAAAUCCUUCUAAGUCCCUCUGAAUCUGACACAUUGGACCUUCAAACGUUAAUAUUGCGUCAUAGUUUGAGAAAAAGAGUGCAAUCCAAUCAGAUUUUAUUUAUAUAAUGCCAUAUCGUGACAAACAUUAUCUCAAGACACCUUUUAGAGCUGGUCUAAAACUAGACUUUUAAUAACCCAAUUCAGAUACCAACAGAAUCCUCCAUGAUUUACAAUAGAGUAAAGAGUAAUGGAAAGAGUAUGACUCAUUUUGAUUCCAUUCUUCAAGGUUUGGAAAUGCAUAUUUUAAAAAUUUUAUUGUUUUGACCAUUAUGGCUGCAACUAACAGUUACCUUCAUUGAUGAUUAUUUUUUUCAAUCAAUUGUGUUUGGUCUAUUAAAUUUCAGAAAACCUUUUUUUUUUUUUAUGUUCCUAAAGCCCAAGAUGCCAUCCUCAAAUGUCUUGUUAGGUCCACAACUCAAGGAUAUUGAAUUUGCUUAGAUACAGGAGGAAUAAAUCCAGAAAAUAUAAGAAUAUGAAGCUGAAAUCAGAAAAUUUGGAUUUUAUUCUUAAAAGUUACUGAACUUAAUCCACAACUAUUUUCAAAAUAAUCAAUUUAACAGCCAACAAGUCAUCAUAUUCUGCAAAUAAAUGUAUGAAAUGGAAAUAUUCUUACUCUGAAUAACCAAAUUGGUAUGAGUGGGUUCAUUAUGUUACACACCGUACAUACCGUACAUUAAUUUUUCUACAGCUGUAUCUCAAGUACCUGUGAUAUAAAAGAAGUGUUGAUGUUGGUUUUAAGAUUAUCUUUGCUACAGUUGUUUGUUCAACCCACCAAGGAUAGCGCUCAUAUAGAUCAUUAACUCAUCGGUUUUUAAAUGAAACCACAAAAAAGUAUAACACAGAAUCCCGUACAGGCCUCAGAGUGCUUCUGUUUGUUCACAGUGGGACUUUACGUUGAGGCUCUUGCUUGAACACCUGCUGUAGUUUAGUUUGUUUGGCUCAUCUGUGUGCUGCUUGUUCACGGUUUGACACCAGAUUCUUCAUUUAUUUUAACAGUUCAUUUAAAUUGAUGCCACUCUGAGACUCAUCUAAAAGAACCGCUAAACAGAAAGUGACACAUACGAAGGGAAGAUGAUUUCAGUUUUGGUUGAACUGUUGGAAGGGCUAGGUACUUUACCUGGUAAAUAUUCUUAUAUGGCCAACUGGAUGGUCUGGUUGAGUAAUGCAUGACCUGCUUUUGGUAGAAACGUGAGAGUUGGAGUGAGUGCUGUUGAUGCCACGUUUCCCAACCCAACCAUGUUUUUGGUAUGUGUCUAAUAAGUCAUUUGGCUUAUUGGUUUUGUCCCUACUUCCCUCUCAUUCUUUCUAAUUGUAUUUCCUCUAAUUUUGUUUUUACAGUCCCCUUAAAUAAAAAGCAUGCCAUUAAAGGUCACAAAUCUCAAUAGAAUAAAUGUCUUUUCCACUAAA